AUGUCAAGGGAGGUAGUACGAGGGACGGCAUCCGGUGGAGUCGGUGGUACAGUGCCAGCAUCAGCGUCAGCAUUCAAACCAGCGGCGCCAUCACCAUCAGCGGCAGCAGAAUCACCACCAUCAUCACCAGAAUUCUCACCACCAUCAUCAUCACCAGCAGUAUCAGCACCAUCAUCCUCACCUCCAGCAUUGUCACAGCCAGCACCACCAGCAUCAUCAGCACCAUCAGCAUCACCAUCACCACCAGCAUUUUCAGCACCAGCAUCAACAUCAGCACCAUCAUCAACAUCACCAUCACCAUCAUCAGCACCAUCACCAGUUGCUGCGCCCGUUGCCAAGUCUCAGCUUCCAAUUGCUGAACCAACUGCCGAGCCUUCCCUCCCUGCCUCCAAGCAUGUUUCCAAACCUGCUGCCGAGCCUUCACAUCCGCCUCCCGAGCCUGUUGCCGAGCCAUCCCUGCUCGCUCCACUAUCAUCGCCUGCCGAACCAUCCCUUCCUGCCCUAACACCUGCUCCUGAACCAUCCGCCGCACCGCCCUCCGAACCACGCUCUGAACCUCCCUCUGGACCUCCUUCCGAACCUCCAUCCAAAGCACCUGAAUUAGGUUCGGAAGAGGGCGAGGAGCUGCUGCCAGCCGUCCCCGAGCCUAGCUCCCUGGUGUGCCAGCUUUCAGACUAUGCCAGAGUAUCCGGCCCUUGCGAAGGUGGCACGCGGCGCAUCUACUUCAACAAGGCCCGCAACUGCUCCGACCCCUUCCCGCUGAACCUCUCUCCUCGACCCGAGCCCUGCGACUGCACGCCAGAGGACUAUGAGCGCAAUUAUGUGAAGUCAGAUAACGGCUCCUGCACCCUCUCCUUUCAGCCCACCAACUGUGAGGGGGGGGAUUCCAAUUGGGAGAUUCCAGCCGACCCUCUCUUCUGUGAGCUAGCCCCGGUGCCAUGUGGGGAGGGCAACAUCCGCACCAUCCAUGGCAAGUGCGACUACAUCCGAGACCCCGCCUCCAACCAGCCUUUAAGCAAAGAGAAGACUAUCCAGGUGAUAUACUACUUUGACAGCGGCUGCAACCCCACAGCACAUGGCUCUGUGGCGCUGCCAUCGCCUGGGUACAUCCCCUGCGACAUGACCUGUCCUGCUG